AGUGGGAGCAGCCUGCACUAUUCUCACCCAGACAUGCUUUCAGUGAGCAGAUAGGACAGGAGAUGAGUGCAGGGGGUCAAUUGGAAACAUCUUCACUGUGACAGGAACAGGAAGUGGUGAACAGAGAGCGAGCUACCCGGUAAAACAUGAGCCUUUUCUGUUCCUCUCUCUUGACUCUGCCUCUACAUCAUCUCAGCCUCUCCAAAUGUACAUUCAUCAGGCUUUGUUAUGUAUUUAAUUUAAAUCUGGAGGAAGCAUCUUCAGCCCCGUCUUGUCUGGCACCUGUUUGAUUUGUUUGGAGGCGAAAUGACACAAAACCGUGCAGGGACUGCCAAUGGUACCACGAAAAAGGGAGCCGAACUCAAAAUUGUGAUAGUGGGAGAUGGAGGCUGCGGAAAGACAUCACUUGUGAUGGUUUAUGCUAAAGGUGAUUUUCCAGAGAAAUAUGCACCGUCAGUGUUUGAAAAAUAUGUCACCACUAUCUCUCUGGGAGGAAAAGAGAUAAAGCUCAACCUGUAUGACACAGCUGGACAGGAAGACUAUGACAGACUACGGCCGCUUUCAUACCAAGAAGUGGAUCUGGUCUUAGUGUGCUUUGAUGUGACCAACCCCACCAGCCAUGAGAACGUCCUGAUAAAGUGGCACCCGGAGGUGAAGCACUUCUGUCCGGACACUCCGGUCAUCCUGAUUGGCUGCAAGACUGACCUCAGGAAGGAUAAAGAGUGUACCAGGAAGCUCAAGGCCAUGGAUCAGGCGCCCAUCACUUACAUACAGGGUGAGGAGACGCGGCAGGUGAUGAAUGCGGAGCUCUACCUCGAGUGUUCGGCAAAGUAUCAGGAGAACGUGGAAGACCUUUUCAGGGAGGCCACCAAAAGAACUUUUGCCUUCCAUCGAAAACAAAAAGGCAAGAGGAAGAAGAAAUGUGUCGUUUUGUGACGACUCCACUGGUUUCAUUUGUUUUAGACACUCACACAUUGAGAGUGGUUGGACAUUCAGAAACCAAAGACAGAUGUGGAAACAGCUGUAAGACUACUAGUUCAGAAAGUUCACUCAGCGGUCCCUGUAAGUCUGGGCCUCACUGAAUCAUCAGCUCUUUACCGUCACAAGAAAAUGACUAAUGACAAUUUUGCAAGAAGUUUGCAACUUGAAAUACCUUCUGUCAAUGUUUUUUUUCACUUUUGUAUGAGACAUUUUUUGUAUUUUUAUAUAUUUUUUCUGUUAGAAAGCUUUGCACUGUUUUCAAACCUGUUUUAUUGAAUGUACAUCUAUCGGACGAAUUAGAACGGUUAGUUCUUGUAUUGUCGAUUCAAAUGUCUGAAUCUGGUUUAAAAGCUGCUGCUAGAUAACAAAUUCCCAGACAGAAUAGUUGUUGAAAUUCAAUAUAUCAUGGUACUGUAGCUUUAACAGUCUUGAGAAAAAAAACUUGAUCCACACCCAACAGGUUAGUUCAUUUCCAGUAAAACAAACACUGAACUAGAAUUUGUUUUGGAGCUGUGUCAACCUGAAGCAGAGCUCUUAUCUUUUCCAACAGCGCCCACUAGUGUCGGAAAAACGCAAUGUGUGCAAUGGUUGCACAAUUUAGGUAUUUCCACAAUUCCCACACUGUAAAAUUGAAGGAACACUGAAAGAAAAUGCAAUUACUUUCUGUCCCAUUGCACAAAAAAAAUACAGAUACAGCAUUGAUUUUUUUAUUAGGUCUUUUCUUUAUUAUUUUUUUUUUUACAACAAUGUACACAGAUUGAAUCAACUGUCUCUUGAUACUGAUCGUAGUCAGGCACCAGGUACAGUCUCCAAAUGAAAACAUUGUUUAACAUCAGCUACAUCAUAAAAAUGAGGAAAUCAAGUUGUUUUGUGCAUUCUGGCAGCUCUCGCAUCAAAUGUAACAUUUUGGUCUGUGACUUAACAAUUUCCCUUCAAUAAAAGUGUAACAUAAAUAUCGUGAUUCUCUUCAGCAGGAUUGCUUUCUGGGAAAUGCCAUAAAAAAAAC